AUGUGGAAGUUGCUUUCCCUAAUUGCAAGGGCUUUCAUCUGGAACGAAGUCUCGUUCCCAGCCCCCACUUCGAGCCGUACAGGUCUGUUGUGGUUCCUUUCGUGCCUUUUGCAAAUCACUGCCAACUUUGCCAAUCUCGUCUAUUGGAGGCUUUUCAUGUUUCGCAUUCUUCAUCUCAGCAUUAAACAACAUCGUGCUCUCGGUCGAUUUUUGGUUGUUUUCGUAGUCUUUGGGAUUGGUUCAGUUGUACUUUCUCUUUAUCUAUGCCUCCUUCCUCUCCGACUUAAACGUUGGCGCGAUUCUGGACAGUCUUCAGAACUCACUAUUCUUCUCGUUCAUGCAUUUUUUGGACAUGUUCUUCUGGUCAACAUUGCUGUCCACUUUUUCUCAGGCAAGGCUCUUUUGGUUGUCUGUUUUAUUUUACUUCCCAGUGCUCUAAUCUCACCUGGCGUAGUGGAUCCAAUCGCUCCACUAUCGCCAGACAUUCCGUGGACAAUGUGCACGAGGUGUCAGAGACCGCGUCCAUUGCGAGCACAUCACUGUGGAGUGUGUGGCGUCUGUGUCCUUCGAAUGGAUCAUCACUGUCCCUGGCUCAACAAUUGUGUUGGUCUGCGGACUCAUCGUCACUUCUACCUCUUCCUUCUUCAUCUCUCCCUCGGUAUCGUUUAUCUCUAUGCGGCUGGAUACAGCGAUUACAUCGAGCACAUGCGCAAUAUUUGCAAUAAUACCAAUCAAAAGUACAAUUCAAUCAAUCGUUUGACACAUUCCUUCAUUGGGGCUCUCUAUCGUGUUGCCGCUGUGGUCUUCCUUUUUACGAUGGGUCUCUUGCUGUGGCACGGUCUAUUGAUUACAAGGGGCGAGACCAGUGUGGAGAGGGUACAGAAUUCUCGCAUUGCAUGCUGCCUACGCCUGCAUUACAAUCGCAUAUACCGCAAUCUCUUCGACUUUGGACCUCGCUCUAAUUGGCUUCGGUUUUUGGGUCUUGAAACCCCGAGAUCGCACCACGGAAAAGGGGAGCUGUGCAGACGAUUUCUUCUGCAUGUUCUUCUCCCCUUUCCCUGUCAACCCUAUGAUGGAGACGGCAUGGUCUAUGAAACCUCUGAACCCGACAUUGAAACAACCCUUCAGGAUCUGAAAGGACUGGAGGAUUAG